ACCUUAGUAAACUGUUACCACCAGCACCUGGUAAAACCAUUGUUAAUCAUGUGUAGUAAAGGGACAUCAGGGCUAGCAUGAGUCAUUUAUAGAGCCAGUCAGGGCUAGAAAAGACAGAAAGAAAGAGGAGGGGAAGAGAGAUCAAACAAACCCUGUGAGGAGCAGGAUGUCCCAGCAAGACAAAGCCAGGCUGUGAGCAUCAUGUAUGUGAGUUAUCUUUUGGAUAAAGAAACCAGCAUGUAUCCAGGACCUGCAAGGUGCAGCAACAACAACCUGCCAGUGCAAAACUUCGCGUCCGCUCCCCCCUACUCAGACUACAUGGGCUAUCACCAUGUGCCAGCCCUGGACAACCACGGACAGCCUGCGGGAACCUGGGGAUCCCACUAUGGCCCACAGAGGGAGGACUGGAACGCUUAUGGCCCAGGACCUUCCAGCACCGUGGCUGCUGCACAGAUCAAUGGCUCGUCUCCUGGGCAGGUCUCCUACAGCUCUGCUGAUUACAGCUCCCUCCAUCCUGCUGGAUCCGGGGGGUUACCUCCUGUAGAUACAAUUAAUGCACAGCAAAUCUCUCCCAACAGCCAAAGGCACAGCUCUUAUGAAUGGAUGAGGAAAACAGUACAAUCUACUUCUACAGGUAAAACAAGAACGAGAGAGAAGUACCGAGUGGUUUACACUGAUCAUCAGAGAUUAGAAUUAGAGAAGGAAUUUCAUUACAACAGAUACAUUACAAUCAGGAGGAAGUCUGAACUUGCUGCAAACCUAAGACUUUCCGAGAGACAGGUGAAAAUCUGGUUCCAGAAUCGCAGAGCCAAAGAAAGAAAAUUAAUGAAGAAGAAAAUGACUCAUUUUGACGGCAGCAAUCUUGGCUCUAUGCAGAGUGACUCUGGCUCAGUGAGCCCAAUGCCAGCUCCUGACCAACAGACUCGUUCCGAAAUGUCCGGUUCUUUAUUUCCACCUCCACCUCCUCCACCUCCGCUUCCAAUGAGUGGCUUGCAGCACAGCGGGAACCUGCAGCAGGUAGUGGCCUCUCAGUAAGGCUGCCUGAAGAGCCACUGCUUAAGGAACGCUAUAAACUACCAGUACACGUAGCACUACGGUAUGAGAGAGAGAGGACAUCUGGUGCUGUUUUGCAGGAGUCCCCAGCAUGACGGUUCUGUGCACAUAAACUUCAAGUUUAGUAAAUCAAGAGUCACUUGCCAGGUCUGCAGGAUAGUGCGAGUUCCCAAAGGCAAUGGAGCUGCUGUGUGCCAGGAGGCCCAGCUGCAGAGAGCCUCUGCGGGAGGAUGCCGUGCUGCCCGUGGCACAAGGCAAGCCUCCCUCCAGCCACGCAGCAGGGGGGUAGGCACUGGGAGGGAAGAGAGCUGAGGGCUAGGCACGGCCAUCUGUUACCUUAUGCUGCAGAUGAAAAAAAGGCACAAACCAGACCUCAAGCAAUAGGACGUUGCUGGGGCAUUAACGGUGGCUUAACGCAAGUGCUCUGUGCCUCGCCCCUAGGCAAGGAGUAUAUUCCUUCUUCAAUCUCCACGCAGGUUCCAGGUGCCAGUCUCACUUUCAUGGACUCUACAGGUGGAUCUUGAUAAGCAGAAACCUGGCUUAAAUGUUUUGAGCCACCUGAUGGAAAGCCUGGGUUGUUGGCUACAUUCAGCUCUGUUUUAAGUGCAAAAGUCGAGGAUGAGCUUUUGGGAAUUUUUUGGUUUUGACAGGUAUGAUUUCCAAUGCUCCAUAUGCUGGUAUAAACAUGCACUCAGCCUUACCAUAAAUGUUUCGAAAACAUUCUGGAAACGUGAAUCUUGCCCUAAGUUAAUUUUUGUUAGAACAAAAAUCAGGUUGAACUCAUUCUGCAUCCUAUAUAAAUAGUAAAGGGGUGGGGGGAAUCCUCUUUAAAAUUGUAGGUAUUUAAAAGAGUGAUUUCUUUUUAUUAGCCAGCAUAACCCAUGGAUAGAGAUGCAAUAAUUGCGCUCAACUGAUUUUACAUUUGGACUGCUUUUCAGAACUCUUGUGACAUUAAAAAACUCUGAAAAGCUACAUUAACAGAAGGUAAAAAUAUUUUACCUGAAUACAUGCUCUUGCCAAUUUCUAGGUGGCACCUAACACUCAGCUCCUAAACCGUCAUCUGAGGAUCAAAAUAGGAGGUCUCAAUUCCCAAAGUGAUGAUCUUCCCUAUAAUAAGCAGAAAGUGGAAGAUAAUCGCCACUUAAAAAUAAUCCAGAUACCUACUUCCUGAGCUGACUACCAAUUGCAUGUUCGUAUCUUUUGGCUCCAAAGGGAACAUCUUUACAGCACCCAGGUAAUUUGGAAACUCAUACUCCCCUUUGUCAAAAGGGAUUCAGAAAUCUAGGAUGCCUACCCUCACAAAUUUCCAGCAAGGUGUCCUACUAAAUAUCUCCAACACUGUUGCAAAUAAGACUUAGAAGCAUUAAGUCAUUUAGGCACUACAUUCUUUUUGUUUUUGUGUUGUUGUUUUCUUAAUUAUAACAAAUAGUACUA